UGUGUUUACAGCCCUAAAUGCUGUUGCAGAUGUAGCUAGCUAGUGCAAUGUUAUGAUAACCGUCUUUGGAAUAACACACAAUUGUCGAAACAGGUGAUUUUACUCAUUCCCCCUCCAUUCAUGAGCCUGGCUUGGUUUAGCUGUCAUGGAUGACAAGGCCUCGGUGGGGAAAAUUAGCGUGUCGUCCGACUCAGUAUCCACCCUGAACAGUGAGGACUUUGUGCUGGUGUCGCGGCUGGGGGACGACACCCCAGGCUCCUCCACUAAUAACGGUAGCGAUGACGAAAAGACAGGACUGAAGGUGAUUUCUGAGGAAGGGAUCAGCUUUAAGAUUGUGGGGAACGGCAGUGAGCAGCAGUUGCAGAAGGAGCUGGAGGAUGUUCUGAUGGACCCCUCUGUAGCUGAGCAGGCGCUGGGUGGUGGCGUCCCCAGUGGUGGCGGCGUGGACCAAGCAGGCAGGGUAGACCAUGUUUUGUCCCCCGCCAUGGCGUCACCACCCGAGCCACAACCGUGCCCUGACCCCCUCAGCACCCCGCCAAAAGUUGAGAUGGUGCUACCCGUCCAAUCUGCAGCGCAGGAGAGUGAGCUGAAUGAACGAUCUUACCGCGGGGAUGAGUCGUCAUCGGAGUGCAGCCCCAGUACGCCCAUCCCAGACGAGGACAGUGUGGUCUUCAAUAAGCUGACCUACCUGGGCUGUGCCUCGGUCAACGCUCCCCGCAGUGAGGUGGAAGCGCUCCGUAUGAUGACCAUCCUCAGAGGGCAGUGCCAGCUACCCCUGGACGUCACCCUGUCUGUGCCUGGCGUCUCAGAGGGCACAGUCAGGUUGCUGGAACCCCAGACAAGCACAGAGAUAGCCAGCUACCCCAUCUACAAGAUCCUGUUCUGUGUGCGGGGUCACGACAGCACGCCGGAGAGUGACUGCUUCGCCUUCACAGAGAGCCAUUACAACGCAGAGAUCUUCCGUAUCCAUGUCUUCCGCUGUGAGAUCCAAGAGGCGGUCAGCAGGAUACUGUACAGCUUCGCCACGGCCUUUCGGCGGUCCGCCAAGAAGACGCUCCUCUCGGGCUUGGCUCCGCCCCUGACGCCAGACAGCGACGUCUUCACCUUCACCGUCAGUCUGGAGAUCAAGGAGGAUGAUGGGAAAGGGACCUUUAGUGCUGUGGCGAAAGACAAAGACAAGAACAGCUUCAAGCUGCGUCCGGGAAUGGACAAGAAGAUCGUCAUCUACGUUCAACAGACGUCUAAUAAGGAGCUGGCCAUAGAGAGGUGCUUCGGCCUCCUGCUGAGUCCAGGAAAGAACGUGAAGAACAGUGACAUGCACCUGCUUGACCUGGAGUCGAUGGGGAAGUCCUCCGAUGGGAAGUCCUACAUCAUCACAGGGAGCUGGAAUCCCAACACACCUCAGUUCCAGGCUGUUAACGAGGAGACACCCAAAGAUAAGUUCAUGUACAUGACGACGGCGGUAGACCUGGUGAUCACUGAGGUGGAGGAGCCUGUUCGUUUCCUUCUGGAGACCAGGGUCAGAGUCUGUUCUCCCAACGAGAGGCUAUUCUGGCCCUUCAGCAAACGCAACUACACCGAGACCUACUACCUGAAACUCAGACAGAUGGAGCGUAAGAGUAACAACGAUACCCUGUAUGAGGUGCUGAGCCUGGAGAGUGAGUCAGAGAGGGAGAGGAAGAAAACGACAGCCAGCCCCAACAUCCUGCAGUCUUCCUCCCACGGCUCCAUGGUGCCAUCGCCUCCCGAGGAUGAUGAGGAGGAAGACAAUGACGAGCCGUUGCUGAGUGGCUCAGGAGACGUGUCAAAAGAGUGUGCUGAGAAGAUCCUGGAGACCUGGGGAGACCUGCUGUCCAAAUGGCACCUGAACCUGUCGGUGCGUCCCAAGCAGCUCCCGGCGUUGGUACGUAGUGGUGUACCAGAGGCCCUCAGGGGAGAGGUAUGGCAGCUCCUGGCCGGUUGCCAUAACAAUGACCACCAGGUAGAGGAGUACCGCACCCUGAUCACCAAGGAGUCUCCCCAGGACAGUGCCAUCACCAGAGACAUUAACCGGACUUUUCCAGCUCACGACUAUUUCAAGGACACUGGAGGAGACGGCCAAGACUCACUCUACAAGAUCUGCAAGGCCUACUCAGUGUAUGAUGAGGAGAUUGGCUACUGCCAGGGGCAGUCUUUCCUGGCUGCUGUGCUGCUGCUGCACAUGCCUGAGGAGCAGGCCUUUAGUGUCCUGGUCAAGAUCAUGUUUGACUAUGGACUCAGGGAGCUCUUCAAGCAGAACUUUGAGGAUCUACACUGCAAGUUCUUCCAGCUGGAGCGACUCAUGCAGGAGUACAUCCCGGACUUGUAUAACCACUUCCUGAACGUGGGUCUGGAGGCUCAUAUGUACGCCUCUCAGUGGUUCCUCACGCUCUUCACAGCCAAGUUCCCCCUGUACAUGGUGUUCCACAUCAUAGACCUGCUUCUCUGUGAGGGCAUCAGUGUGAUCUUCAAUGUGGCUCUGGCUCUCCUGAAGACCUCGAGAGAAGACCUGCUGGCGACUGACUUUGAGGGUGCGCUCAAGUUCUUCCGAGUCCCGGUUCCCAAACGCUACCGCUCAGAGGAGAACGCUAAGAAACUUAUGGAACUGGCCUGCAGCAUGAAGAUCAGUCAGAAGAAGCUGAAGAAGUAUGAGAAGGAGUACCACACCAUGAGAGAGCAGCAGGAGCAGCAGGAAGCUCCCAUUGAGAGAUACGAGAGGGAGAACCGUCGUCUCCAGGAGGCUAACAUGCGUCUGGAGCAGGAGAAUGAUGACCUGGCCCAUGAACUGGUCAGCAGCAAGAUCGCCCUGCGCAAGGACCUGGACAACGCUGAGGAGAAAGCAGACGCUCUGAACAAGGAGCUGUUGAUGACCAAACAGAAGCUGGUGGAUUCGGAGGACGAGAAGAGGCGACUAGAGGAGGAGUCUGCCCAGCUGAAAGAGAUGUGUAGACGGGAGCUGGACAAAUCAGAGUCUGAGAUAAAGAAGAACGGUUCCAUCAUAGGAGAGUACAAACAGAUCUGCUCCCAGCUCAGUGAGCGUCUGGAGAAACAGCAGACAGCCAACAAGGGAGAGCUGGAGAAGAUCCGGCUGAAAGUCGAAGGCUGUGAAAAGUGCUCCAUCCUGUUCAACAAGGAGGGUCGUCUGAAGGCAGCGAGGAAGAUGAAGGAGGGCAGUGAGGAGGAGACGGACGAGGAGAAGGAGGCGCUGAAGAACCAGCUCAGAGAGAUGGAGCUGGAACUGGCCCAGACCAAACUACAGCUGGUGGAGGCAGAGUGCAAGAUACAGGACUUGGAGCACACCCUGGGUCUGGCUCUCAACGAGGUCCAGGCUGCUAAGAAGACCUGGUUCAACAGAACCUUAACCUCCAUCAAGACCGCGACAGGAGCACAGGGCAAGGAGACCACCUAACUUGAGACAAUCUUCCUCGACCACAGACUGUCUCCUUCUCCCCGCCCUGCUCCCAAACCUCCCCCUGUCCCACUCCCGGCCUCCCCCCUCCUUCUCCUAGUCAGAGGUACCACCCACUCACUGGACUGGAGCAAACCAAACGGUUUUUAAAAAAGGACUAAGCUCAAAGGUACCACUGCCCCCAAACGAAACAAAGUACUUAAUUAAAAAAAGAAAAGAGAGGUUUCAACGUUAGUCUUUAUACUACUGAUAUUUAACAGGUAAGGAAGGAGCUUUCUAGAGAGCUACCUGGACUGUCCUUCCAAUCCAGACCUGGGAAAUACAAUCCGUUUUACUGUCCUCUCUAGACUGCUUGCACAAACAACUCCAACUGUAAUCUAAGUGCUACGAGUGCUAACCUCUUCCUUCUUCUCAUUUCCGUUCCACGAUGCCAUUCUUUUCUAUACAUGUAUGAUCAUGAACGUGCUUCUGUAUAGACGUGCAUCUGUGAAGACUGAGCACACCAGAGUGUAUGUAUGCGCGUGUCAGUGUGGGCGGACAUUUAGCCGAAUGUGAGUGUGUGCAUGUUUGUAUGACUGGCGAUGGUUCUGAGUGUGCGGUGAACCUGUGAAGCUCGGAGUGUGAGUUUAGCUCGGAGUGUGAGUUUAGCUCGGAGUGUGAGUUUAGCUCGGAGUGUGAGUUUAGCUCGGAGUGUGAGUUUAGCUCGGAGUGUGAGUUUAGCUCGGAGUGUGAGUUUAGUGUAUGAAAAGUGGAUGCUGUAUAGUGUGCGGAGGUUGGAGCUAUAUGAGGAGGAAGAGGAUCUUAUUGACGAAGCCUUGAUGUGAAGGGUUAAGGUGAACAUAAUGUACAGCAUAACAGUAGAUAUAUUAGCAACAGCCUGGGGUCUGUCCGGUCGGUGGUGCAGUAGCAGACGGAGGCCACUAGUGGGCGAUGUCCUGGUGGUCCUGACGCAGUCCUCAAAAUGCGCUUUCUGGGCCGGGACAGGCUGGGCUCAAAGCAUGGGAGCUCCGAGGCUGGAGCUGCAGAUAUAGAGAUAUGGGUGCGGCCCUCCCUUGGCUCAGACCCCACCCCAUGCACUCCUCCCUCCACGGCUGUGUCUGAAAUGGCACAUGUUGGACGCAGCUCAUCACUCCUCCACUCUGAGACCAGCUGCUCCUCUGGGGUUCCUAGAUGACCCCUCAUGACCUCAUCGGUCCAGGUUAUGUUUUAUGCCGUGUUAUUUUCGCUCCAUGACACGCCCCCCCAGACCUAGUCAGUGACCCCACUCUCCCGACAUAGACAUAAACACACACAGACGUUACAGGCACCCUAUGCACACUCUGACUCCACUCUCCCAAUGUAGACAUAGACACAUACACACAUCACAGCCAGCCACCUACCUACCUCCACUCCUGAGAGGGAGAGAAAUGGCGCAGGCAUGUCGUCUGGUCGUCAGUCACAGGCUGUGUGCUUAUGUGUGAGACUGAGUCAGCCAGAGACUUAACUGUUGGGGCUCAUCAGAGGUCGUUGGAGGUCAAGCUGGCGUUCUCCCUAAAGGAGUCUGGGGCACGUUGCGGGAUGUCAUGAGCAGACAUGAUUCCUUGUUUUACAUUUUUGCUCUACGUAAUAUAUUUCUAUCUGAACGCUCCCUGGUAGAGCUCUGUGUCUGUAUUGGGGAAGGUCCUACUCUCUACUGAUAGUCUGUGUGCGGGUUUGUGGUGGGAGGGGCGGUCUUCGCACCUUAAUAUUCAUAUUUAUAACGUAUGGAAUCCGGCUAAGCUUGCUUAAGUCUGUGUUGAUGUCAGUGGAAGAAGUAAGGCUUGUGCAAUGUACUGAGAACAAAGAGGCUGUUCCGUAAGGCACUGGGUUGUACAUAAAAAGCAUUCUGAUGAUGAGUUUUUUUGGUUUAUUCUUUUGUACUUCUACUCUCCGCUGUAACUGUACUAAUUAAUAAUGUUGCCUACAAUAAUUACGGACUGUGUUACAGAUUAAUGAUGAUCAUAAUGUAUGUUUUUUUUGCUCAAAGCUCCCUUCGCUUUAAAUGUCAGGCAAAACUUCUGUCUCAUCCAUAACAUGCCAAAAUGUACCUUCCUUCAUCCAACAUUACUGAACGUGUGGAACAUUGUACUAGUGUAGGUUGCAUUAUUCUGCAUUUCAAUAUAAAGCUAUGAACACAGG